AUGCUUGCGCCGUGGUCACUGAUUACCAACUCCAUUCUGAAGGCCAUCCCCCCCGGAACCCAACUUGUGGACAAGGAAGAAGCUCUAAACAAUGCUGACGCCGGAGAUUUGCUUGAAAUCUUGAAGCAUGUGCCAGAUGACGAGGCCCUAGAGGCACUGAAGCUUCUGAGAAGUGGUAACAAACCGGCCGAGGUGGGCUCAGCUUUGCGGAGGUACAACGUAGGGUUGUCGCAAGCUGCGCUCAAUAGGGCAAUUCUACCACCUAAGCAGUCUUCCUUGGAAUUCGAGCUGAUGACAAGGCAUCCUCUUACUUACCCUACCUGGGCGCCGGUUCGGCCACUCAGGAUUGACCUAGAGUUCCUGCUGCUCCCAAGAAAACUUCGAUGGGACGGAGCUGGCGAGAUUGUGUAA